GCAACUUUCCUUCCACCAUCACAUUUUAAUCCAGAAUCAAAACAACCUAAUGGAGAUCACCAGCAACAACAUCAUAUGGGAGAAACAUGUUGCAGUUUUUGCAUUCCCUUUUGCCUCACACCCUGCUCUCAUGCUAACCCUGGUCCGUAGACUAGCUUCCGCGGCCCCUAAGGUGGUUUUCUCCUUUUUCAGCACCGAAGCGUCUAACAAGGCUUUGUUCUCUGAGCUCAGUUGUUACAACAUAAAGCCAUAUGAUGUAUCUGAUGGCAAGAAGGACCAUGUUUCUAUCAGAAACCCGGAAGAGGGUAUUAGCUUUUUUCUCACAGUGGCGGAGGACGAGUUCACGAGGGGGGUUCGAGUGGCCGAGAUGGAUACCGGGCUGAGAGUUAGUUGUCUGGUGGUGGAUGCUUUUGUUGGGUGUUCGGGUGAUAUGGCCGAAGAAAUGAACAUUCCUUGGGUCGCGUUUUGGCCAGCCGGAACUUGUUCUCUUGCUGCACAUUUCUAUACUGAUCUCAUUAGGCACAAAUGUGCUCCACUCCUAGGUUCUGCAGGGCCCAACCAAGAAAUUGCUGACUUGAUCCCCGGACUCAAAGCAGUUCGACUAGGUGACUUACCUAGUGGAGUUGUAUUGGGAAAUCUCGAAUCACCAUUCGCAACCAUGCUACAUAAAAUGGGAAGAUCCCUAGCACGAGCAACCGCGGUUCCCAUAAAUUCUUUCCAAGAACUAGACCCUGAUCUAACCAAAAACCUCUCUUCAAAGUUGAACAAUUUCCUCAACAUCGGUCCAUUCAAUCUCAUAUCUGGUGAAGAAUCACCGUCAAAAUCUGAUGAGUUUUCUUGCAUGAAAUGGCUAGAUAAUCAAGAAACAAGAACAGUUACCUACAUUUGCUUUGGAAGACUUUGCAGGCCUCCACCUCACGAGCUUGUAGAGUUGGCUGAAGCACUCGAAGAGAACAAAACCCCGUUUCUUUGGGCGAUAAACAAAGAUUCCCAUAUGCAUUUCCCUAAAGGUUUCUUGGAGAGAACAAGCGCUAAUGGGAUUGGGAAAGUUGUACCCUGGGCACCACAAGAUCAAGUCUUGAAUCAUGCUGCUAUAGGGGUGUUUAUUACACACGGUGGAUGGACCUCGGCCUUGGAGGGUCUUGUAGCUGGUGUCCCGAUGAUAUGUAGACCAUUUCUAGGAGAUCAUUAUAUAAAUUCUUGGAUGGUUGAGAGCUGGGGAAUCGGCUUGAGAAUCCAAGGUGGGAAGUUCACAAAACAUGCGACGCGUUGUGCUUUGGAACAAGCUCUCUCGCUGUCUAAAAACCGAGAUGAGAGAAUUGAAGGUUUGAGAGAUCUUGCUUACAAGGCUGUCGCGAAUGGAAGUUCUGAUAAAAAUUUCAAAACUUUGGUAGAGGUGGUCACCGGUGUGACCAUGCCCUUUGAAUGAACUUUAUUGAAUUACUCUUAACUGUAAUUCGAUAGUUAUGUUCUUAAUGUUAUAUAUAAGAACUUCAAUAAGAAAACAGCUUUAUGGGGCUGAAUAUAUAUGAUAAGAAUGUAACCUUAGCGAAACAUUAUUAAGGAAGCCAUGUUUAAUAAUA